AGGGGAACACAGAGGUGCACCUAAACUUGCUCUUGGUCUCUGCAGAGGUACAUGUGGUUUAACAUUGGCAGUGUUGACACCUUUGAGCAGAACCUGGAAUCUGCUCAGUGGGAACUGGGGAUUGAGCCAACCAACCAGGUUGCUGUGGUCUACACCACUGAGAGUGACGGCUCUUUCCUGCGAAGCCUGGUACCUACUCUUCUCCUGGUUGGCAUCCUGCUCUAUGCUGUGAGAAGGGGUCCAAUAGAGGCCGGGCGCAGCGGACAAGGAGGGGGCCUCUUCAGCAUUGGUGAAACAAUAGCCAAGAUCCUGAAGCACAACAUCAAUGUGCGGUUUGCAGAUGUGGCUGGCUGUGAAGAGGCCAAACUGGAAAUUAUGGAGUUUGUGAAUUUCUUGAAGAACCCCAAGCAGUAUCAGGACUUAGGAGCCAAAAUUCCAAAGGGAGCCAUGCUCACAGGUCCACCCGGUACUGGCAAAACACUUCUUGCCAAGGUGACUGCAGGAGAGGCCAGUGUGCCCUUUAUCACUGUGAAUAGAUCCGAGUUCCUGGAAAUAUUUGUCGGUGUUGGACCAGCAAGGGUUCGUGACAUGUUUGCAAUGGCCCGUAAAAACGCUCCUUGUAUCUUAUUUAUUGAUGAGAUCGAUGCAAUUGGCAGGAAGCGAGGCCGCGGGCACCUUGGAGGCCAGAGCGAGCAGGAAAACACGCUGAACCAGAUGCUCGUGGAGAUGGAUGGGUUCAACCCUACCACCAAUGUGGUGGUGCUGGCUGGCACCAACCGCCCUGACAUCCUUGAUCUAGCCCUGAUGCGUCCCAGCCGGUUUGAUCGCCAGAUUUACCUUGGCCCCCCUGACAUCAAAGGCAGGUCCUCCAUCUUCAAAGUCCACCUGCAUCCUCUCAAGCUGGAUGAGAGCCUCAGGAAUGAUGCCCUGGCAAGGAAGCUGGCAGCACUCACUCCAGGCUUCACUGGUGCUGAUAUCUCUAACAUGUGCAAUGAAGCAGCUCUGAUUGCUGCCCGCCACCUGAGUGCUUUUGUCCAGCAGAAGCAUUUUGAGCAGGCCAUUGAGAGAGUCAUCGGAGGCUUUGAGAAGAAGACUCAGGUCUUGCAGCCCAGUGAAAUGACAACCGUGGCCUACCAUGAGGCAGGGCAUGCAGUGGUAGGCUGGUUCUUGGAGCAUGUAGACCCCUUGCUGAAGGUGGGUCUCUUGUGCUGAGUGUGUCUGCCCGUGGAGCC